UCAGGGAAGGAGGGAGAGUAGACUCGGUCAGUCAAUACCACCGCGCCUCACAUGUCUUCUUCCCCAGAGGUGCUCAUGAGGUUUGUUCUGGUGAAUCAGGAAGAAACAAAAUGCUCAAAAUGGAAAUUACAAUAGAAUUGCACUUCUGGAUACGUUAUUAACCCGUCACGUAGACGUGAGAAUGGAGACCAAAUAGUUGUAUCUGCUUAGACCUGUGUUUAAUAGCUGUUCCAUCCGUGCAGAAAUGAGAUGAGCGUGCUUGUGAGAAAAUGUGUAAUUACCAACCAAAAGUCCAAACUUCGGAUACUGUUGUUAAAACAUCUCGAUAUAUGGUAACUUCAUAAAAUAGCAUAGGCGCCCAAUUAUUCACGGAGCGUUUAGGCGCGUCUCUAUUUGUAUUUGAGCGGCGGCGCAGGAUGGGGCAGCGCUCUGUUUUUACGCCCAACGCAUUUGGAUACAUACAGGUGCUACAAGGAAACGAUGGUGAGGACAGAGACGCAGAGUCGUGGAAACGACGGAGUUAAAAGUUAUUCAAUCAGUUCAAUUAAUUAUAAUCUCUAAAGAAGCAUAUCACUAGAAGCGGCGUUAACGUCACUCUCUCCCGCCUAUCAAGCGCCUAGUAUGCGAUAUCUGAAAUGAGGCAGGGCGUCCGCUUGUCCUGAUAUGCCUCUCAUACGCGAAGAUGACACAGGACGAGAGGAGCAUCUCAACAAUUGACACGGAAGACGACUUUCUCCACGCGUCAUCAUUGUUUCAAGAUAACCUUUCCGGGGAGGAUAUCAUCAUAUAACAAAGUGAAUGGUUUUUUGAUUGAAGAGAGAUUUUUUUUUAGAUUGAAACUAGAUGCUUUUCAGGGAAGUAGAAAGAUAGAAAGUCACCGGGGUGAAAUAUGGAGCGUGGAUUAUUCAACCACCUGUUCUCAGCUAGGACCACUGCGUUCUGUUGUUUCUUCUUAUGUGAGUCAAUUUUCUGUCUUGAGAAGGCCCAUUCGCAUGCGGAGGACGAGCUGUUCAAGAAACUCUUCAUCGGGUACAACAAGUGGUCCAGACCCGUACCCAACAUCUCAGAUGUCGUUAUCGUCAAGUUCGGACUCUCCAUAGCACAGCUUAUUGAUGUGGACGAGAAAAAUCAGAUGAUGACAACCAACGUCUGGCUGAAACAGGAGUGGAAUGACUACAAGCUACGCUGGAGACCGUCUGACUACGACAACGUCACGUCCAUCAGAGUACCGUCAGAACUCAUCUGGGUCCCAGACAUCGUCCUCUACAACAAUGCGGACGGUGAGUUCGCCGUAACCCACAUGACCAAGGCCCACCUGUUCUACAAUGGGAAGGUGCGCUGGGUUCCCCCGGCCAUCUAUAAGUCCUCCUGUUCUAUAGACGUCACCUUCUUCCCCUUCGACCAGCAGAACUGUAAGAUGAAGUUUGGUUCCUGGACUUACGACAAGGCUAAAAUUGACCUGGAACGAAUCGAGAACACUGUGGAUCUGAACAACUACUGGGAGAGUGGAGAGUGGGCCAUCAUCAACGCAGUGGGAACAUACAACACCAAGAAGUACGACUGCUGUCAUGAGAUCUACCCUGAUAUCACCUACUUCUUCAUCAUCAGACGGCUGCCUCUCUUCUACACCAUAAACCUGAUCAUCCCCUGUCUGCUCAUCUCCUGUCUCACCGUCCUGGUCUUCUAUCUCCCCUCAGACUGUGGGGAGAAGAUCACUCUGUGUAUCUCCGUCCUCCUCUCCCUCACCGUCUUCCUGCUCCUCAUCACAGAGAUCAUCCCUUCCACCUCCCUGGUCAUCCCUCUGAUUGGAGAGUACCUCCUCUUCACCAUGAUCUUCGUCACUCUCUCCAUCGUCAUCACCGUGUUUGUCCUCAACGUCCACCACCGCUCCCCGGGGACCCAUAAGAUGCCUCGCUGGGUCCACUCUGUCUUCCUGGACCUGAUCCCCAGGUGGCUGUUCAUGAGGCGGCCUGCGCCGGACGGAAGGAGAUGCAGGUUGUUGUUGCUCCAACAGGGGGCAGCGGUGGCACGGCACCAGGGACGGACCACCAACACUAGACUACCAGGCCUAGUCCGUCCUCCCUGCCUCAGCACCUCAGCCAGCUGGCUUCGGGACGGAGGAGGUGGGACCACAGAGGAUCCCCAGAGACGGACGCCCUGUUAUGAGGACCUGGAGCUGGGGGCUUUGACCUCGUACUUCUCCUUCCGCCCUCUGUCACCCAGACCCCCGGGCUCCACUCCUCCACCCCAGCAGAACCACCCACCCCCAGGGGCAGGACAGCCCCAGAACCGCCUGGAUAGGGGAGGAGGAGGAGGUGGGGGAGGAAGAGGGGUGAAUAGAAGGGUUAACCCCACCCAGCGACCAGAUAAGAUAGAUAACUUGGUGUCAGAGUCUAGAGGGAUAGAGUUCCCUCUGUCUCCCAGCGUUAUACGGGCUCUGGAGGGGCUGCACUACAUCGCAGACCACCUGAGGGCAGAGGACGCUGACUUUAGUGUGAAGGAAGACUGGAAGUACGUUGCCAUGGUGAUCGACCGUAUCUUCCUGUGGAUGUUUAUCAUCGUGUGUCUGCUGGGUACCAUCGGUCUCUUCCUUCCUCCCUGGUUGGCCGGCAUGAUCUAGGACCUUGUGGUGUCUGUGAUACCCGCCCCGGGAGCGGGUACCAUGGGACUGGCACUACAAUGACAGGCCGGUGGUAGGAGUGGAGACAGAUGAAGGACUGUCACUAAGUUAGUAGGAUGACUACCAAUAAGGGAGUCACAUUGAGUCCACCGGGCUAUGACGUGACGUGAUGUGAACGGGCAAAAGUGGUGAGAGAGGAGCGCCCUCAUACAGUAAUCUGCGCUGCUCGGUCAUGUUGUCAACAAGGCAGCAUGGUGCAUCGUCCAGGAAACAUAUAUAUUUUAUGGAAAAGAUGUUUGAAUUUUCAAACUAGUUUUCAUUGAGAAGGCUGAUAUAAAGCCUUUGUUAUUAAAAUGAAAUCCCUUUUGCAUGUGAAAACACAGAAUCCUACAACACGUGCUUAACCCACGGCACUUUUUGUUUUGAGCCUGGGAAGCAGUAACAGAAUCCCCUAAAUGUACUGCUUCAUAUUGGAGAAGCAAUGACUUGUGGGUAAAUUCUAUCCAAUAAGAUUACUUGGCUGUUUUCAAGGAAGUAAGGGGCAAAAAGAAGACUAACUUCUUAGUAUGAACUCUGAAUCAGUUUGUACUACCACUCACUCACUCACUCACUCACUCACUCACUCACUCACUCACUCACUCACUCACUCACUCACUCACUCACUCACUCACUCACUCACUCACUCACUCACUCACUCACUCACUCACUCACUCACUCACUCACUCACUCUGCUGCCAUAACAUUAUAAAGCAUAUUCUUUAACAAUGUGUUGCUGUGUAGUAAAGACUGUAUAAAUACAAAAUGUCUGUUUUGGGAAUGAAUAGGAAUAAACAUGGCUUUCAUAA